AUGGAUAUUUCUAUCUUUAGGCAUUUAGAUUCUCUUGGAGUGGAGGAUCAAAAGGAUGUAAAGAUGGGCUAUUCCAUCAUGUUUAGUUUCAAUGAGAAUCCUUAUUUUGAAGAUAGAAAGCUAGAGAAGACAUAUACAUUCUUUGAAGAUGGAGCAAUUAAAAUUACUGGAACAACAAUCAAGUGGAAGGAUGGCUCGGGUGCCUCAAACGGAGUUAAUGGUGAGAAGAAAGGGAAGAAACGACCGCUGACUGAAGACAGCUUCUUCAGUUGGUUUGGUGAAACCGAUCAAAAGGAUAUCACUGAGCUUCAUGAUGAAGUAGCUGAGAUAAUUAAAGAGGACCUAUGGCCCAAUCCUUUGAAAUAUUUCAACAAUGUAAUCUCCUUCGCCUUUGUUUUAUAUCUCUUUACCUAUUCUUUGAGCCCAUUCAUUUUAUUUUUCAAUUGUUAA